GGUGGUCCACUGUAAGUUUCGAAUCUAUAAACCACUUGUUAACUUGCGAUAAUUGUCAUUUAGGAGUGAGGUUAAGUAUUUAAAUUUGCGCUCAUUGAACGUAUUUUUCACAAAAAUGCUGCCUUUAUCGUUGCUUCGAACUGCCCAAAACCACCCCAUGCUUGUAGAAUUAAAAAAUGGGGAGACGUACAACGGCCAUUUGGUCAGUUGCGACAACUGGAUGAAUAUUAAUUUACGCGAAGUCAUUUGUACUUCUAGAGAUGGCGACAAGUUUUGGCGAAUGCCUGAAUGCUACAUAAGAGGUAGCACAAUAAAAUAUUUGCGUAUCCCGGAUGAGGUGAUAGAUAUGGUUAAGGAGGAAGCUGUGGUGAAGAACAGAGGCAGGGACAUGAAAGGAGGCCGUGGGGGCCAAAACCAGAGAAACAGACCGGCUGCGAGAGGGAACUUUGGAGGCCGUACUGGCAAGCCUGGACAAGGCGGACGGAACCCCCCAUUUCAGAAGCAAAAACCAAAAUAAAACAAUAAUUUCCUGCAUGUCACUUUUUAUUAUGUUUAUAAAAGCUUAGGUUUAAAUAAAGACUGCAAAAUA